UUCCUCUUCCCUUCAUUUACAUCUGAACAAGUCCAAGAUUUCUCGAUGGUUUAGUGCGAUCGUUCAAAUUGAAGAAGAAGAAGAAGAAGAAACUGCUACCCUACUUGUGAAGCUUAUUUCCAAUCCUAACUGAUCAUGAUAUUAAUUGACGGGGUUCCAUUCUCUAUCCACUCAUCCUCAACAUCUCAGGGACUGGAAAUUCUACUUUCUUUGUUGGAAAAUCCCAUUCUGGUAUCUACCUCAACCUCUUUCAAGGAAAACCUAGAGAGGAAGUUUUCAGUCUCUGAGGAGUUUUCUCCAGAGAGAUCAAAAUUGGUUUAUUUAUUCCAAAAAGAAUAUGCUACUGUUGAUCCAGCAUUUGUUCAUUUUGUUGGCACUGAUGAAGCGACAACGUGUGUAGGAGUUGUUAUUCGCAACCCAAAGAAUGGAAUGACGUCGGUUUCCCAUAUGGAUUCACCAAAUGUUGUAGAAAUGGGUCUUUCUCAAAUGUUAACGUUACUUGUUGACGACAGUUUGGAGACUGAGUUUGAUGUGCAUCUAAUUGGAGGUUUUGAAGAAGUUUCACCACAACAUGCUAAUGGCGGCAUUGUGUCAGAAAGUGAUGCAGGUUUAGAUGGUUAUUCCCUUCCUCUGUGCUCAAAGAUUGUUCACACUUUAUGGUCAAGAGAGGAGAAAUUUCAUAUCAGAACUACUUGUGUUCUUGGACAUAAUACCAAAAGGGAUUCUGAUGGAAACACUUAUCCUAUUUUUAAUGGAUUUGUGGUGGAGACUGCAACAGGAAGAGUCAUCCCGUCAUGUUUUGAUAGAAGUUCCAGAAGCCCGGAUGAAAUUGUCAGAAGAAUACGAGUUUCUGCUUCUUAUGAAGAUACUAGUUGGAAAGGGAAGUUGCUAGAGACAUAUGAUACUGUCACUGACAGCUUCAAAAUUGCUCCUUGUUGCUGGACUCGGCGUCAAUAUCAUAUUGCUUUGUCACUUCAGCAUUAUUCUGAUUCAAAAAUUCUUUCAAUCUGUUCUACCUCACCUACUGCUGAGGGCCCAGAUUUUGUUGAUGAUUUAAGAAGGCAGUGGAAGUACAUGAUUGAGCAUCCACACUGGACGGAAACCUUUCCAAAGAAGCAACCUCGCAAUUUUUCAAGGAGUGCUGAUGGAAAGUGGAAGAGGUGUUGAUGGCAUUUCGGUGUUUGCUAACAUAAUUCAAGGCAUCAUCAUUUGCAGCUACACUAUUCAAGACACGAAGUUCCUCUCAAAAGAGACAUUUGCCCACAUGCGAGCAGGAAACUGCGAAGCUUAAGGAAACUAAUGUGAAGUUUGUCUGAACAUUUGAAUUUAUAAUUUGAUCAUAGUUAUGAGUGAAAGAAAUUAUGUCGAUAGUAAAUUAGUACAAGACUGGAUAUAGUAAUCAUCCUCGGUAAUUCUUUACAUGAUUUAAACAUGAUGAAAAAGUGGUUUGGACACUUAGUGAACAAUCCUGCAAACUGAGGGUGAGUUAUGAAUGUUGUUUGAAGUAAAAGGAAAUUAAAAAAAAGAUGGUUCCUUA